AGGAGGACCAACCCCUCUCCCGCAAACGGACAUCGUCCAAUCGGGGGCGCCUCGUCAAUGCCUGCGCGACCCCAGCGUCGGUGCGUGGUUCCCGGGCGCGACGCCCCCUUUCCCUCCCUCUCUCCGUGCGCGAUGACGCGCCUGAAAGGGGCGAGGCCCGAGCCCUCUCAGCUGACCGCCCGCCAUUUUGUCGGCCGCUCUGGCUCUUCCCCCUCCCGGUCAGAGAGUCGCCGGCGGGGCCUGAGCCGUGGGGCGGGGAGGAUCCCGUGGGGCGGGAUGUGAGCCGGCCUCCCCUCGCCUGCCGCGGCCUCCUUCGUUGCUCCCCCCCGCCGCUCCUCACCGCCUUUUCUCCCCCAUACAUUAAACCGGCGGCAUCUCCGCGCCUCUCCCCUCGCCCACCGUCGCCGGGGCCUGCCUCGCCAUGGCGCUGAAGAUGGUGAAAGGCAGCAUCGACCGCAUGUUCGACAAGAACCUCCAGGACCUGGUGCGGGGUAUCCGCAACCACAAGGAGGACGAGGCCAAGUAUAUUUCUCAGUGCAUCGAUGAGAUCAAGCAGGAGUUGAAGCAGGACAACAUUGCUGUGAAAGCCAACGCCAUCUGCAAGCUCACCUACUUGCAGAUGCUGGGCUACGACAUCAGCUGGGCGGCCUUCAACAUCAUCGAAGUCAUGAGUGCGUCGAAGUUCACCUUCAAAAGGAUCGGGUACUUGGCAGCCUCACAGUGCUUUCACGAAGGGACCGACGUCAUCAUGCUGACGACCAACCAGAUCCGAAAGGACCUGAGCAGCCCCAACCAGUAUGACACUGGAGUUGCCCUGACGGGGUUGUCCUGCUUUGUGACUCCCGAUCUGGCCAGAGACUUGGCGAAUGACAUCAUGACCCUGAUGUCUCACACGAAGCCUUACAUCAGGAAGAAAGCGGUGUUGAUCAUGUACAAAGUGUUCUUGAAAUACCCGGAGUCCCUCCGGCCUGCGUUCCCCCGUCUUAAGGAGAAGCUCGAAGAUCCCGAUCCCGGCGUCCAGUCCGCCGCCGUGAACGUCAUCUGCGAGCUGGCCAGGCGUAACCCGAAAAACUACCUUUCCCUCGCUCCGCUGUUUUUCAAGCUGAUGACGUCAUCCACCAACAACUGGGUCCUCAUUAAAAUUAUCAAGCUGUUUGGUGCCCUCACUCCUUUGGAACCCAGGCUGGGGAAGAAGCUCAUAGAGCCGCUGACCAACCUCAUACACAGCACUUCAGCCAUGUCGCUUCUUUACGAGUGUGUGAACACCGUGAUAGCAGUAUUGAUCUCGCUCUCCUCGGGGAUGCCCAACCACAGCGCUAGCAUCCAGCUCUGUGUUCAGAAGCUGAGGAUACUGAUCGAAGAUUCAGACCAGAACUUGAAGUACCUGGGGCUGCUGGCGAUGUCCAAGAUCCUGAAAACCCACCCCAAAUCGGUCCAGUCCCAUAAGGAUCUCAUCCUGCAGUGCUUGGACGACAAAGAUGAGUCUAUCCGCCUCCGGGCCUUGGACCUUCUCUAUGGGAUGGUGUCCAAGAAGAACUUGAUGGAGAUAGUUAAAAAGUUGAUGAUCCAUGUAGACAAAGCAGAAGGGACGACCUACAGGGACGAGCUGCUGACCAAAAUCAUCGAUAUUUGUAGCCAAUCCAAUUACCAGUACAUCACAAACUUUGAAUGGUACAUCAGCAUCCUGGUGGAGCUGACGCGCCUGGAAGGUACCCGCCAUGGCCACCUCAUCGCCUCCCAGAUGCUGGAUGUGGCCAUCCGCGUCAAGGCCAUCCGCAAGUUUGCCGUUUCGCAGAUGGCCACGCUCCUGGACAACGCCUACCUGCUAGCCAGCAACACCCAGCGGAACGGGAUCUGCGAGGUCUUGUAUGCCGCCGCCUGGAUUUGUGGGGAAUUCUCCGAGCACCUUGAGGAACCGCAGCAGACCCUCGAAGCCAUGCUGCGGCCAAAGGUGACCACACUGCCAGGCCACAUCCAAGCGGUUUAUGUCCAAAACAUGGUGAAGCUUUACGCCGCGAUCCUGCAGCAGAAGGAGCAGGCUGGGGAAAAGGAGGUGGCACAAGAGGCGACCCAGAUGAUGAUCGAGCGCCUGCCGCAGUUUGUGCAGAGUGCGGACCUCGAAGUCCAGGAAAGGGCCUCCUGUAUCCUUCAUCUCAUGAAAUACAUCCACAAGCUUCAGAUCAAAGAGGUGCCCGUGGCAGAAGAAGUGAUCGCCUUGUUUGCCGGGGAGCUCAACCCCGUGGCCCCCAAAGCCCAGAAGAAAGUCCCUGUCCCGGAAGGCCUGGACCUUGACACCUGGAUCAACGAGCCUCCCUCAGACAGCGAGUCUGAGGAUGAAAAACCCCGGACCAUCUUCCACGACGAAGAGCAGAGGCACUCCAGGCACCGGCAGCCGGAAAUGGACGAGAAGGAGCUGGCUAGGCGCCGAGAAGUCCGUAAGCAGGAGCAAGCGAACAAUCCCUUUUACAUUAAGAGUUCUCCUUCUCCACAGAAGCGAUACCAGGAUAGCCCCGGCGUCGAGCACAUCCCAGUGGUUCAGAUCGACCUUUCCGUUCCUCUGAAGGUUCCUGGCAUGCCCGUGUCUGACCAGUACGUGAAGCUGGAGGAAGAGCGGCGGCAUCAGCAGCGGGUGGAGAAGGAGAAGAAGAAGAAAAAGCAGAGGAAGGAGAAAGAAAAACGGGGCAAGCACCACCGACGUCACAACUCGCUGCACACGGAGAGCGACGAGGACAUUGCGCCCGCCCAGCACGUGGACAUCAUCACGGAGGAGAUGCCGGAGAACGCUCUGCCCAGUGAUGAGGACGACAAAGACCCCAACGACCCCUACAAGGCGCUGGACAUCGAUCUGGACAAUCCUGUUUCAGGAAAGUCUGCCAGGCCUUUAGCAGACAGCGAGAAGCUGCCAGUGCAGAGGCACAGAGAUGCUGACAGCCUCAAGUCGCCCCAGGAGGCCGAAGCUGCCCCGCUGGCGGAGAAGAAGAGCAAGCGGCCAAAGAAGAAGGAAAAGAAGCACAAAGGCAAAGAGCGCGAGAAAGAGAAGAAGAAAGGGAAGGAGAGGGAAGCGGAGGAGGAGGUGGAGCAGAAAAAGCCGGAAGACAUGGACUUCUGGCUUUCUGAUGUCCCGGCCCCUGCGGUUGCUGCAGAGGCAAAGAGCCCCUCCGAGCCAAGCACCAACACGGCAGGGGAUAUGGGACCAGGAGAAGCUCAGGAGGAGGUCCAGGCGGAGGAGCCGGAGGAGGAAGAUGAAGGAAAGAAAUCCUCCAAGCAUAAGAAGAAGAAGCAUAAGGAGGAGAAGAAGUCCAAGGAGAAGAAGUCAAAAAAGUACCACGGCGGUGGAGGAGAGCCGCCGAUGGAAUCGGUGCAGAACGGGACACUGGAGGAUGAGCCACUGCCGCCUAUGUCAAGUUACUUCCUCCUUGCCGAAGAUGCAUACAUUAAAAUGACCUACGACAUUCAGGGGAACCUCCAGCACGACAGCCAGGUCACCGUCUCCGUCAUCUUCGAGAACAAAAGCAACAGUUUCCUAAAGAGCAUGGAGCUGAACGUUUUGGACUCGCUCAACACCAAAAUGCUCCGGCCAGAAGGCUCCUCGAUACACGACGGGAUUCCUGUCCCUUUCCAGCUGCCCCCUGGGGUCUCAAACGAAGCCCAGUUUGUCUUCACCUUGCAGAGUAUUGCCAUGGCGCAGAAAUUAAAAGGAACGCUGUCGUUUAUCGUCAAAGACGAGGAAGGCUCGACGCACGAAAAGCUGGAUUUCAAGCUGCAUUUUAGCUGCGCCUCGUACCUGAUCACGACGCCCUGCUACAGUGACGCUUAUGCCAAGUUGCUGGAGUCGGGGGACUUGCACGCCAGCUCUUUCACAGUCAACGGCAUCGCCAUCCCUUUCCAUCACCUCCUGGCAAAGAUCUGUUUCCACCAUCACUUCUCAGUUGUGGAGCGAAUGGGAGCGUGCGCAUCCAUGUAUAGCCGUUCUAUCCAAGGCCACCACGUCUGCCUGUUAGUGAAAAAGGGAGAGAAUUCUGUCUCCAUUGAUGCAAAGUGCAACGAUUCAACCUUACUGGGGAACCUGCUGUCUGAGCUCAAGGAGACCUUGUCCAAGCGCUGAGUGCUGCCAGGAAACUGCCGCAGUUCCCUUCUCCUUUCCCCCGCUCCCCCCAACAAGAGAAGCACCACGAGGCCCACAGACUGAAUCAAGCCAAGCGUUGAAAAGAUCUCUCUCCCCUCUUCUCUUCUCCUCCACACGCAUGUACGAUCCGCGCCCCUCGCUCCCAGGACGUCCAUUUUUCUUGUCCACUCCACCCUGGGUUGGGUCUUUUUUAUUUUUUGUUGCGGUUUACACAUCCUCAAGCUGUAGUCUCCUCUCCCCACCACCACCAAAUUUUGUUUUGAACUUUGUGACCAACUGUGUGCUGGUCACCUUCUCUGUACCAGAGAGAUCCUUGCCAUUAUUGACACCCUGUCAUGGUAGUUGGGUUUCCCGAGAACUCACAGGAUCCUCUUCAAAUCAGCAGCAUCCCAGUUGCAUUUCUCAGUGAAACAGGCAACGGCCUCAGUGUGGUGAUGGCUGGCCCGGCUGAUUUAAUCUGUAAUUAUUAUUUUUUUAAGCUGGCAAGGAUUGGCCUGAAUUCCCCUCCGCCCUGACCAAUCAGGUUGCCUCCCCACCCCUUCUGCCGCCGAGGGUGGAAUUCCUACCUGUUCCCCCUGCCCCUUAGGCAAGAUUGAUCAACCCCUCCUGUUCCUGGUGGGUCUCUGAUGCUGUGCUUUGUGACAUCCAUUUUGAAAAUCAAUAAAUCUCACAUUCCUGAAGUUUUUCGAAUGUAGCAAACAGAAAACUGGAAAUCCAAAGGCUCUUCUGUCUGUCUGUGUGCGGUUUGGUUUUUGGUUCUGUCUGAGUUAUUUUAUUUUUGCCGCCGUUCUGUUUGACGUACGAUGUUAGGCGACCCAGUUUCCCGAUGAACCUGGUUCCCCCUGCCUGGGUCCCGAUUUCCAGGCUGGGCCCUACCUUGAGUGCCACCCGUUCCUCAGACUUCCAAAUCCCCAGAAGGGAUGUUGGUACCAUGGUUUGAAACUGGCCAGUGCAGAGCUGGGGGCAACUCUUGUGUUUUUGAAAGUCUUGACUGGAAGCAAGACUCUCUCUAAUUCCCCCCCUCCUAUCAACCUUUCUUUUCCUGUACCGCCUCCCCUUCCUCCAAGUUUGGAAGUGGAGCGAUGGCUAUAUUAUUUGGGAAUCCAAGGCAAGAGCAUCUUGCUUGGCCCUUAAAAGGAAAAUGGCACUUAGUGACCUUGUGCCUCUUAUUUCGCCAAGCAUUUUUUUGAACAGACACCCCCCCUAAAAAAAAAGGGGGUUAUUAUGUGGGACGAAGAGCACAGAACGAGCAUGAGAACUCUGGUUUGGUUUUGAUGUGCUUCUUGUUUCAAGACACAGGCGCCUCAGUCUUUCCUUUUCCUGCCGUUGUGUUGUUUCUUAAGCCACCUGCAAAAGGCUUGUUGGCUAAGAGAAGGGACGCAUUUGCUCUGAUGGAACGUGGCAUCUGAUGAACCUGGGUCUCCUCUCCCCCAUUAUAGCAGGGGCCCUCUUGCUUGUUAAAGUGUUAAAAAUGAUUGGGGGGGCUGGCUGUUGGUCAACCUUUCAUGGCUUCGUCAGGAUGGUGUGUCUGUUGGGAGCGAGAAUCUGCGCACACUCGAAUUUGUCUUAAAAAGGUCAUAUGCUCCUUGGAAUUAGUGGAUUAAAAAAAGUAUAUAUAUCUAUAUAUGUGUAUAUAUAUAUAUUCCUUGAUGAAAACCUCACUAGCAUGUAGAGUCUGUUCUCUUACAGAAACCCUGUGCGGUGAUUCUAGACCCUAAAAAAACUGUAUGAAGUGUUAUGUUUAAAAAAAAAAAGGAAGGGAAAAAAUCAAACUUAUUUGCUAUCGACAUUCCCCCCCCUGAAAAAGAGAAAAUGCCACAUAGCUGCUGUACUAAUUUUUGUGUGUGUCGAGAUGAUCCAAUAAAAUUUCAAAAGUA